CCGCUCAGCCAUCCGCUCAGCCAUCCGCUCAGCCAUCCGCUCAGCCACACUGCCAGGCCCUUGAUCUCUAUCUACUGUCGGCUCAUCUGUUCCUCGUAUUCAGCCCGCCGCACCCUCACCUGUUCUGUCCAUUCAGCCAGACCCGCAGUCUACCUCGCCAUCCGAUUUCUGCUCGUGCAAAUUCAGCAACAGUCCGGUUGAGCAUCGUCCCCAACGCAGCCGCCACUUGAUCUGUCGCCCACAAAAAAAGUAGAGUCCCUCCUUUCCCCCUCAUUCGAUCUCGCAGCCGUAGCCCUGUCCGCUCAGCAAAGCUCUCAGACCACCACCAUCACCACCACCACCGCUGCCGCUGCACCACUGUGUGAUAAGUCCUUGGUUGAUACAAUGGAGCUGCUGGCCGUCCCAAGCUUUCCCCAUCCAGAGCCCGUCUCGGUGCACUAUCGUCACGCUGCUUCGUAUGAUUCGCCGCCGGGGAUCUCAAGCGGCUUUUUCGAGCCCCGCCGCGUCGAAAGCGGAUCUGCAGCUGCACCGGCUUCGGGUGCCGUCGACGCCAAGGAUGCCGCGAGACACUAUCUCGACACACCGGUCUCCUCUGUUUACGACUAUACCUUCCCGAUGGACGAGUCAAUCGACAAUGCGUACUGCGAGGACUAUCCGGAGCUUGUGGAUGAGUCGGAGAUGCCGGAGCAUGCUCAUUUGACGGACCACGAGCUGCACGGCGAGGGUGCUUGGCCCCAAGAUGGCUGCGGCCCUGCCGCUCUCCACGACACCGCCCCCCUGCCCUCGACAGACGGUGCGGAGCGCUCGUUGGAUGAACCCCCGACUCUGGCACCUGGUGUCCGCCCCUACUGCGUCUCGUUCUUGUUCAAGGACUCGUCAUUCACACUCGAAGAUUCUGGCGACGAAGAAUCGCCCUUUCUGAUGAAUCUAACCUCUAUUGUUUCGGACUUUAAGCUACAGCACAACGUUACUAACGACAUUGCCCUCGAGAUUCCCAGUCUGCUGCUAACAAUACACGAGGCUAUGGAUGUUGCAAGCACACUCACUCUCCAGGAACUCUGCCAGUACCACGAAUAUGUCUCUAGGGAUGCUCUCAGGGUCGUUUUUGUUGAGGGUAAAUAUAACACGGCUGCUCAGCUCAGCUAUCUGGAAUCGCUAACGCCCGAGAAUCCGGGGGACGACCAAGCGACGAACGAAGCCAGCCCGGUCGAUCUUGUCGAUAGUACCACAUGCACCGAAGACGACGUCUGGUCAAUAGAAGACGGCGAAAUCAAGGAAAGUCUUUCAUGAUUGUAGGAGCGGGUUGGAGCGUGAAUGUGCACAGAGACGAAUGCGUUUCUUGUGUCUUCUCCCCCCCCCUGCUUCUCCUCCCCCCCAUUCUGCUCCUUUUUUGGUUCUGAGCGCUGGUCCUGGUGGUCGCCUCUGGAUGCACGGGUGAUGAGAUUCAGUGUUCGUAUAAGGGAGCGUGUUGUCUGCUUUUGAGGCCGACGGCCAUUCCUAAUAUAUUCUCACCGAGCGAGCAUUGUGUUCUCCCAGAA